AUGCAGCGGACGUCGUACAGAACCAGCGGCACUGUGGCCAGGAGCUCCGAUAUCCACAAGCACGUGGGCAAACGACAGGAACUCUGGACAGGUCUGCAACAGCGACUCGGCGCCACGCCGAUUUUCGGCGGUAUACUGAGCAACCAGAAGGGCGAACGUGUAGUGGAAGACAGCGAUGACGACGAGGACGGAGACGUCGUGGAGGACAGCUACUUGUCCAAUGGACCUCGCUCCACAGAGCGAGCUCGAUGCAGGUCUGCAGUGUCCUAUGACGGUCGGGAUAGUCGACAGGCCCCGGAAGACUCGACGCUACUCAGUGCUGCGCAAAAGGCUGGAUGCUUCAGCUACAUCAAGCGGAGACAUAGUAUCGCUCUAGCCUUUGCAUCCGACGACCCGACGGAUGAUAUUCGCGAGCCGAGCAACAUCUCACCAGCGGACGAAUGCGACGUUGUAGGGUCAAAUUGGGAAGCGGCAAAGGUCAAGAACGGCGUGCAGUUGUACAAGUCCAAGCGUUCUCGGUGCGAAGUGCGCGGCGUGACACACGUGAACGCGUCGGUGAAGAACGUCAUGUCCAUUUUGGCGGCAGGAGAGAGCACAGAGGCAUUUGCAGAUGCACAAAAGACUAUUCUGGGUGCAGACCAAGUGAUCGAGGCUAAAGUGUUAGCGCUCUGUGCUCAACCCACCAACUCGCGCUAUUUCCACUGCGGACUCAAGUAUCACGCCAUAAAGAACCCAUUCGGCACGACACCGCUGGAUCUCGUCUACUUGGACUACACAGACGUGAGCACCACAAACGACGGGAAACUUAUUGGGUACCGAAUCAUUGAAUCCAUUCGGGUUCCGGAGCUGCGACCCUCACCCAAGUACGUCCGAGCUUCGAUCCGCUGUGAGGUGUACACGGUGGUGGAGACAGAUACCUCUGGCGUCGUGGAAGUGACAUUCGCAUCGCAUCUCGACCCGAAGAGCAAAUGUUCGUCAAGUAAAAGAUCGCACUGGCUAGAGCAGGCAGGCGUGCGUCUUGCCAACUUGCGUGCUCAUGCUGAGAAAACCAGCAUUGGGAGCCAUCUAUUGCCGGAAAAUAACCGGGAAAUGAACCGCAAACAUCGCUCCUUCACGAGUGGAGAUAAGGACAAGCAGCAACGGAACUGCAACGUGUGUCAACACGCCUUCUCCUUUCUUCGCAAGCGCCACAGUUGCCGUCUCUGCGGUGAAGCCAGCUGUGGUCGCUGUUGUCGUAAGAUGCCGGUGCUCGUGGAUUCAGAGUCCACGCGCGUCAAGGUCUGUUUGAGUUGCAUCCUACACUCCAGGAACAACCCGGACGAGAUCCGUCGCGGCGAACUUGGCCAGCCCUCGCGUCGUCGAGAUAUCGGCAACUCCACGUUCAUCAUCUACGACGAAUAA